CGCGAAAAGCAACAGCGGGAAUCACCGGGCCGCUGAUUGGCCAGUCGGAACACCACUGGCGCAGAGCCUCCGACGGCCGCCUUGGGCUUCAUCCAUCCUCUCGCUCCUCGUCAUUUUUCGAGCCGCGAUCCGGUUCGACGUCCAGACGGUUCCUAUAACUCCCUGGAUCUAAUUCGGUGCACCGCGGUCAGUGUUACUGGGGAGAGGCAAAGGCUUGCAUUACGAAACGACCACACUAUCUUUCCCACCACGCUGACUUUUCAUCCGACGGCACAACACCCCACUUGAAGAAUGGCCUCCAACCAGCCUGGUUCGGUCACCCAGUCCGGGAUUGCUACCAACGAAACCACUGGAGAACGCUACAUCCCCUCGUCCCUUCGUGCGGACGGCUCCAAGCGUCGUGAGAUCCGUGUCCGACCGGGAUACCGCCCCCCAGAGGAUGUGGAACUGUACAAGAACCGAGCCGCAGAGGCCUGGAAGAACCGCGGCAAGGGCGGGGUACCCGGCGCCGACGGCUUGAAGGAGGAAGAGGACGCAUCACCCAAUAAAGCAGGCAGUGCAACCAACAAUAAGAAUGCGAAGCGCCGGGAAGCCAAACGAAAGGCAAAGGCCACACAGGAUUCUACGGCCAAUGGCAAGGAUGUGACUCAAAUCGAGAACUGGCGCGCCGCUGCAUCCGCAGAGGGCAAAAAGCAGUCCAACGGAACCGACAAGGCCGCGGCGCCAGCCGAAGAGGCGAUCGAUCCGGAAGCUGAGAAAGAGAAGAAGGCCCGCAAUCUCAAGAAGAAACUCAGACAGGCCCGUGAUCUACGCGACAAGAAGAACCAGGGAGAGGCACUGCUGCCGGAGCAGCUAGAGAAAGUGAUCAAGAUUCAAGAACUAGUGCGCCAGCUUGAUGCGCUCGGGUUCGAUUCAAAUGGCGACAAGAAGGAAGCCUCUGAAGGGAAGGAAUAGGGAACCUUAAUGAAGCCGAGAAGUCAACAUACUUCUCUGCUGC